AUGACUGACACACAAGCGCCGGCAUACGUCGAGGAGCUCCUCGAGAUCGUGAAGAAUGUCUUAUACGAGAACCCGGAGCAAGAGACUCGACUACGCGAGGCCAUUCUUCAACAUGCUCGAUCUCAGUCUUUCCGUGCCACGAUUGAACAAGAGAUUCAACUUCUCGGCGAGACGAUUGCCAAUAUCGAGAACGAUUUUUCGACUAUAGAGUCUGAAGUUCAUGACAUCGACGGGCGCAAGGUGAUUCGAGAGUUAGAUGGCUCCCAUCAACGCUUUCUUCCCCGAUGGAUGGGUUUGCGCCAGGAAUACACAUCGGUCAUGCUAUACUCACAAACCUCAGCCGGUAAAAUCAACAGCAAAAUCCAUAGCUUCCUCCGGCACAUUAUACCCAUUCUUGAGAACGAGAGCUACUCCAUUGAUGAGAAGAAAGAGUCUCUUGAGUUUUAUGUAGAGAGCUUGGCGGAAUUUCAGCAACAAGGAGAUGGCAUCGGAACUCGAUUCCUUCGUCUGUCUCAAGGAGUUUCAGUGUUCAAGGAUGAUAUAGUCAAGGCAGCCAAACGAGGACAGAGACUCAAUACCAUGGAGCUUGAAUCGCUUCACGAACUGAUCACCCGAUUGCAGAAAGACUUCGAUAAAGCCUCAGGAUUUUUCAAUCAAGCCUGGGAUAUUGUGGGAUCCACUGUACUCAGGACCAGUACCAUGGUUUCUGCAGCAGGAAUUGGAGCAGGUGGUGCAUCGCUCGCGAAGAUAAUUGGUGCAAAGACGGCGGCAAGUACCGUGGCGGUCCAGGGGGGGUUAUUCGGCUGCGCUGGUAGCAUCACGACUGCGGGAGGAACAACAUGUAGCGCUGGGUUCUACACCGGUGGUGGAACUGCUAUCGCUUCCUCAGGGACCGCCGCGUCAGGACUUGCAGCGCUGGCUCCCGUUGCGGCCGCAGCUCUUCUGGUUGUUGGACUCGGUGCCCUGGGAUACUCAGUUUAUGGUGGAGUGACUGACCACUCGACGAAGAUGAAAGAACUUUCGACUCGUUUAGAGGAGAAACAGGAAGAAUACAAUCGGAUACAGCGAAAAGGGGCGGAUUGCGAGAACGUUAUUAGAGAAUUGCAGGCAUUAGACCCAGCCUUUUUACGUCUUGCAAAUCGGCUUUCUUCUAUGCAGCAAAUUUGGCGUCUCCUUGUUGUCGAUGCUCAGAACCUAUCUAAUGAAUUGACUACAAUGCAGUCCACUCAAGACCCUGUGCUGCUCUCCGUGUCGACGACUUACAUCAAGGUCCUCUACGAAACGCUCCAAGUGGCACUCGACAAUUACACCCUGCAGGUUUCGAGGCCCCGUACCUGA